AUGGCACGGAGCGAAGACUUCAACCACCAGCAUAUGUACGAAUUCAUCGGCGCUGUAGGAGGGCUCGCUGCGAUACCCAUCGUCUUCCACCUUGGACGACGACUUGCCCAGAAGACAAACGUUGGCAAGAAAGGGGUCUCCGCGUUGGCUGUAUUGUCUCGGAAACCGCGAAGUGUUCUUCUUCACACAGCACCUGGAGUGCCUUCUCGAGGACAUGCUGUCCUAGUUUCUCUUUACGUUGCCAUCAACCUCAUCCUCACCUUCACAAACAUUAAUAAUCCCGGCAUUCAGCUCACUGCCAUCAUAGGUGGGCGAGCAGCAUGGAUGGCCCUUGCGAAUUUAGUCGUUCUCAUCUUUCUCGCUUUGAAGAACACUCCCCUGGCAUUCCUCACAGCCUGGUCGUACGAGCGUCUCAACAUCUUGCAUCAAAUCGCCGGCUACAUGUGCGUCAGCUUUGUCAUCAUCCACGCCUCUUGCUACACCACUUACUUCAAGAACAUGGGAAGGAUCUCCAUCCUUCGGGAAGAGAGUGUGAUAUACGGCGAGAUUGCCGGCUUGUCUUUUGUAAUUGUUGGAUUCGCCGGAGCGGUUAUUCGUCGAUGGUGGUACGAACUCUUCUACUAUGUCCACAUGAGCUUUUGGAUCCUCGCCAUCGUCAUGGUCGGUCUUCACCAGCCAAUGUUUGCUAAGAGGAUUGUUUUUGUUGUGAUUGCUACCGCUGGUAUCUGGGUGCUCGACCGUCUUAUUCGCGUAACCCGCUUGUUGGUAUACAGCGCCAACAACACCGCUACCCUUACACCUCUGCCAAACGGUGGCACUCGAGUAACCCUCAAGAAGGCUCCCCUGGGCGCCGUAUCUGGACAACACUGCUUUCUUUGGAUCCCCUCCGUCCGAGUAAGCGAGACACAUCCUUUCACGAUUGCAGCUAUGGAUCCCAUGGAGUUUGUUGUCAACUCCCAUGAUGGUUUCACUCAGGACCUUCACCGAUACGCCGUCAAAAACCCUGGUGCAACCGUCAAGGCCUCAGUUGAAGGAGCUUAUGGUACCCUACCUGAUGCUUCUGAGUACGAGAGGGUUUUUUUGGUUGCAGGUGGAAGCGGUUCAACUUUUACCUUUGGCAUGGUGCUCAACAUGCUCAGGGAUAUGUCUCCUGAGCAACAGGACAAGAAGAUCACCUUCGUCUUGUUGGUCAAAUAUAGGAGUCACCUUACUUGGGUUGCGUCUCACCUCGAAACUCUUGCAAAAGAUCCACGUGUGCGGCUUGAAGUCUAUGUCACUCGAUCGUCGGAAGAGAAGACAGAUGAGGAGAUGCGCCUAGGAUCAAUGCCCACCACAGCAUCUUCCGAGACCGAUGCCGAGAAAGUAAUUCCUACUGUGACAGCUCAGCCGAUUCGAUCUGCCGGCUCAGCAUCCUCUGAGGAGUUAAGUUCAGAAGAAACGGAAUCAGUACCAUUGAACGCCUAUGAGAACUCCAUUAAGAGUGGCAAACCAGAUAUCUCUGCUUUGAUUCGAACCGAGAUUGAGGAGACACCGGUAGAGAACCGUAUCCUAGUCUUGGGCUGCGGACCUGACGGUCUCAUGACACAAGUCCGCAACACCACCGCGGCAUGCAUACGAUCUGACGGUCCCGGAGUUGAGCUCCACUGUGAACAAUUCGGUUGGUAA